UGUGUUUGUCUGUGUGUCUUCUGUCUGACUGUGAUGGCUCAGGUUACGAUGCCAUGGCUACCCCCCCCCCCUCCCCCAUUGACAGACAUCAUCUGCUUUGAAACCUCUCAGUGCUGCCAAACGUCCUGUUAUUAAAUGGGGUUAUUGUUACAAUGUUCGGGGCAGAGAGAGAAAGAGAAAGAGCUGGAGAUCAGGUCCCCCAAGAGGACUCACAAAGAGCAACUCCGACCGAGUUCUGGACUAGUUGGUGCCUCUACAGCAGCGGAUGUUAUCUCAGAAGAAGAUGCUGCCUAACAUUAAGAUGAUCUCUUGGGAUUGCUUCAAGCACAUGUGAAGCUUGUGGAGACUUUUGGGAUAUGGAAACCCCAAAGAAGAUCUUGUUUGAUGAUGAUGACUUCCCUGCUGCUGACUCUUCUCUUUUUUCCACCUAUUCUACACCCAUUGCCAAAGUCUGUGGCAAAACUUCAUGGUUGAGACCACAGGAAAUCUGCAAAUCUCCUCGGCUGUUCCCAGCUAAUCUGCAAGAAGGACACAUCAAGCAAGGACUACUGGGAGAUUGCUGGUUUCUUUGUGCUUGCGAAACUCUGCGUAAAAACAGACCUCUGUUAGAUAAGGUGAUGCCCCCUGGCCAGGACUCGUGGACACAAUCUGGAUACAACGGAUGUUUCAGAUUCCAUUUCUGGCGCUUUGGACAGUGGGUUGAAGUAACGAUAGAUGAUCGACUGCCGUGCAUAGGUGGGAGGCUCUGCUUCUCUCGACACCGCUCUGAAGAGGUGUUUUGGUUACCGUUAGUGGAAAAGGCAUUUGCUAAAUUCCAUGGCUGCUAUGAACAGCUGUGGGCCGGGCAAGUGGGUGAAGCUUUAGUUGACAUUACAGGAAGCCUUGCUGAGAGGUGGACACUCAAGAAUUCUAGGAAAAACAAUGAGGAACGUGGCCACUUGGAUAUUUCCGAAAGGUCCAAAUUUGAGUUGCUGAAGCAUUUAAACGAUAAGAGCUUCAUUAGUUGCUCUGUCCAUGGUUCAGCCGAAGGUGCCAACGAUCGUGCAGAGUAUCAUGCCUUCAGUGUCACAGAUGUGAAGCAAAUCGAUGGUCUGGUCGCCGAGGAGAUCCGGCUGCUAAAGAUAAGAAACCUGUGGGACAGGCGUUGCUGGAACGGUUCCUGGCAGGAUGGAGGUGAUGGUUGGAAGAAAGUGGAUCCUGCCAUUGCUUCCAAACUGCAAUCCUUGGCAGCAGAUGGGGAGUUCUGGGUGGAGGAGGAGGAGUUUUUCAGAGAUUUUGAUGAGGUGACUGUAGGGUAUCCCAUAAAUCCAGAGGGAAAUAUCAUCAGUCUUUUAACAGGUAAAAGUUUGUGCCAUACACAGCUAUGUCCAGGAGCAUGGGUCAAAGGACAAACUGCAGGUGGCUGCCGUAAUAACAGCAGUUUUUGUAGUAACCCCAAAUUCUGGCUGAGAAUUGUGAAUCCUUGUGAAGUGGUUAUCGCACUCCUACAGAAAACCCAGGACUUCAGCAGCACCAAUUGUUGGACAGAGCGUAUUUCUGCACAGUGCCAUGACAAUGAAGAAGAUCCAGAGCCUGAUAUUAUGCGACAGAAGCAUUACCGAGCAAUAGGGCUGCACAUAUGGAAGGUGGAGAAAAGACGGUUUAAUUUGCAGAAAACGGUUGCCAAAUCACCGGCCAUGUCAACAGAAUGUCACACAUAUGACAGGGAGGUGAAACUGCACGGUGUACUCUCUCCUGGCUACUAUCUUGUUAUCCCCAGCACAUUUAUGAAGGAUGAAGCCAUCCAAUUCCUGCUGCGUGCCUUCUCAUCAUCAAAGAUCUCAAUGAAUGCAAUGAAGGCAACUCAGCCAGUAACCCAGUUUGAGGAGAAUUGUGAAGGGGAGUGGGAGAUGAUACAGUUCAUGGAUUCAUGGAUCAGUGGAAUGAACGCAGGUGGAAGCAGGAAUUUCCCAACAUACAACACUAAUCCGCACUUUCCAUUUUCAAUCCUCUCGGACACUGGUGUCAAGAAUGUUAGAAUCACACUGCACCAGGAAAACUCUGAUGGACAAUUUCUGCCAAUAGGAUUCCAUGUUUAUCAGGUAUAUAAUAACAGCAGUAAACCAUUGAGCCAAGCCUCCUCUUAUCUUCUGGAGCCAACAGUGAGCUGUGUACCACAUCGCUAUACAAAGGAGGUGACUCAGCUUUGCACUCUUAAGCCAGGAAGCUAUAACAUUGUACCCUCUACAUAUCAACCCAACAGUGAGGCAAGUUUUACAGUGUCUCUGGAGACCAAAAUAGACAGGAAACCAUUGCAGUGUCAAGAGAAUUUGGGACACGCCAUUGAUGAGCUUUCCUACAACUCAGUGAUGCAGCACUAAAACUCCAAACUCUCCAAAUGAUUCUCUGAACACAGUAAGAAACUUUUUUUUAUCAGAAGGGAGUCAAUCGGGAGACAUUCACUCCCCAACAUUUGCACAUCACAGAACCAGACCACCUCACGCUAAUAAGAUGUGACAGCGCUCGUCAUUGUAAAUGAGCAGCUCUGCUUUAAGCGGCUGGAAAUGUGCUUGAUGCGCAGGAGCGAGAACAAAGGCUGCCUCAGAACUGGAUGCUACUUCAAAGAGUCAGCAGCUCUGCACAGCAAUGGACAAAGAGCUGAUCAGUCUCCCGCUGCUUUGAUGUUUACUGAAGACAGAUGAGAACAACAUUUAAAUUCAGUUUGUACUUUGAGCACACCCUGUUAUACAGUUCACUGAGUUUUAAAGGUCUGCGUUGCUUGUAUUGUUUUCUCAGGCGAUGACCUCCUCUGGACUGGAUUUUAAUCAUGUUAAAAACCUGGAUCUUUAGUUCCAUUCACCAAUGUCUCUCUUCUAAUUUGCACGAUGCAGGGUGUACUGAGGUACACUGCUCUCUUAACGUGUGCAGCUUCUUUUAGAUCAGGGACAACCUCACUCAUAUCUUUCCUGUGAGGUAAUGGUUACUAUUCAGCAUUGGCCAAUGACGUACCCAUCAGCUUCAAUUUGGUUUGAAUUUUUGCCCGACACAGUAUGAAAAUAUAUGGACUUAAUUCUUGCAGGUUUGGGCUCUGAUAUAUAGUACUGAAUAACAUAACCUGGUCUGAAAUGUGCAUUACUUUUAGUGAUAGAUGCUAGGUUAUGUAAAUCUUGGAGUAGCAAGUUGAGGUUUGGGCAUCCUAUUACAGGAAGAAUGCGAGACUUGGAGAAGGUGCAGCAUAGAUUCACCAGAACAGUACCAGAUAUCAGGUAAUAUAUAUUUAAAUAGAGGCUGGCUAAACUCUUCUAUGGAAGCAGAGACUAAGAAGGUAUAUAAUAUAGGUCUUUAAGAAUUUGAAGUUAAGACAAGGUAAAUAGGAAAAACUAUUUCCUUUAGUUGAGGAAUCAGUCAUAAUAGUGCUAGGUCAAGCAAAAGAAUCAAGGAUGAAGGUAUAGAAGGAAUUUCUUCAAUAAUAGGGUUCCUUUGGAUAAACAGAUUUAGCAAGAGAGUACAACAUCUUGCAUUCUGCUCUUUAUCACUAUCCAUCUACCCCUGCUGGAAUAUGUGUGUGUAGGUGUGGACUGUGUGAGUACAUGAUUGGGCUCGACUGUAAUGUCCUCCGUAGUGAGUCCGCCAAUAAUUGGCUAUGCUCAUGCAUGAAAAAUGCCACUAAGGUUGAGAUACCAGAACCCUAUAGACUCUGGAAUCUAACUUCAGCAUGAAACAGUGCCUUUGUUUAUAUAAGGUGAGAAAUUGAGACAAAGGUUGACGACAGAGAUCUGAGUACCCUUUCACUUUGGACUUGGAAGGAAUAGUAAUACAGCUGGACCCUAAGGAGUUGCCAUAUGAUAGCUGGAUAAUGCUUGAGUUAUUGACAUGAAGCGCUGCUGUCCCAGACUAAAACUAUCUGCAUUCUCCAGUCUUUUGAUGCUGGUUUGCUAUUCGUGGCUCACUCCCUCUACACCACUGUCAGAAGUCGAACCUUUAACCACUACACUCCCAUCUUUAGGAAUUCUUAAAAUCACUUUGCUAUGGUCCUUUAACCUUGCUUUGAAAAACAUCCCUAAAAAUGUAUCUCUUGAACCCAUUCUUUCAGUCAAGUGUAAAUUUAUUUCUCAGUGUUUAGAAGUUUGAGGUAUUAUUUUAUCUGACUGUCCUAAUGCAAAAGUAAGUUGUUAGUAUGGGUUUCACCUCCAUCAUCAACAGGCAACACUAAGGAAUGGGUUGAAGCAAAUGGACCCUACCCACAUGCACUGAUUGAUACCUGUUAGUGAAAACAGUAUGUUUGCAGACAAAUAACAAUAUUUUACAGAAUUAAAAGAAUGGCUGAUUGAAUAAAA